CGCCGCUGCCGCCCAGGCCCUCCAUGUCGUCGGACAUGGCAGCGGUGGUCCCCGCGGACGCCGAGCCGGAUACUAUGUCCAUUUCUCGGUCACCGACUGAUAGCUCCGUUGUCAACACAGCCGAUGUUAACACAGCAGUAGCGGUACAAGCAGUCGCCGUCCCGGAAAUUGGAGAAGAAGAAAAAAACUGCGGAUGACCACGACCGUGUGCUGGCUGGACUCCACCUCGCAACAGAUGAAUAGCGAUACAUGGUCGGAAGUACCAACUACCCUGUUAUGUUUGACCGGCGCGCGGCGCCUCUCCUUUGCCGAGCAGCGUGAGCGGGGGCCCCGCAAGCCAGCCGAACAGCCAGCCUGAGCGAGCGAGCGAGUGAGCGAGCAAGCGAGCGAGCUUUCCCGCUUCCCCUUUUCCCCGCUAUGGAUGUUCUCUUGUGGAUGGCCCCGCUGGUGGCGCCGCUCGCGGUGUUGCUGCUGCUUUGGAGCAGCGGUCACGCGUUAAUAUUUUAUUUCAAAAAGAUCUUCUACGUGGCUUGGAUGAUGGUGCUGGCGUUGGUGGCGAUACCGCUGUGUGUACUCAAGAGCGGCGGCAGGGACGUCGAGAACAUGAAGAUUGUCCGCGGCCUGGUUCGGCACGUCAAGUAUUUCCUGGGCUUACGCUUCGAAGUCAGCGGCUGGGAGCACCUGCAGACGCCGGGCCCCUACGUCAUCAUUUCGAACCACCAGAGCUCCCUCGACGUUUUGGGGCUAAUGGAGAUCCUGCCCGACCGCUGCACCAUGAUCGCCAAGAAGGAGCUGAUCUACGCCGGCUCGGUGGGCAUCGUCUGCUGGUUGGGCGGUAUCAUCUUCAUCAACCGCAAGAAGACCAGCGACGCCAAGAGCGUCAUGGGCGACGCCGCCAAAACCAUGUUGGACGAGCAGAUCCGUCUGUGGGUGUUUCCGGAGGGAACGCGGAACCAGCGGGGAGACCUGUUGCCCUUUAAAAAAGGCGCCUUCCACUUGGCCGUGCAAGCGCAAGUGCCCAUCAUACCAGUGGUCUUCUCCUCCUACGGUAACUUCUACUUACGGAAAGAAAAGCAGUUCAAGUCGGGGAGCAUCCGGUUGAAGAUUCUCCCGAAGAUUGAGACCAAGGGCAUGACGCUGGAGGACGUGGCGUCUCUCGCCGACAAGUCCUUUGACGCCAUGCGCUCGGCCUUCCUGGACAUCUCCGGCUUGGCGUACGGCAACGGGCCCAUCAGGCACUGAGCGCUUGACGCCAUUUUGUCAACCUCAGCCCAGUGCCACUUUUACCUCUCGCGACUCUCCGGCCAGGCGGCCGGUCCGCACAGUCCCGACCCUCACGAUGUACGCGAGCGGAGUGACGGACGGCGAGCCCAGCUGCACGGAUGUGCGUUGUUUUUCGUGCAUGCCCUCGCGCGUUCUUCGCUUUGGAUGCAGGUUUUUGGUUUUUUUUUUUUCUUGGGGUGAUCCUCUCAUAUUGCCUUUUUGUUUGGGUUGUUUUGGGGGAAAACGGGUUCUCCCCGUAUUGCAUUUUCUUUCACCCUGAUGACGUUUUAGCAUAGGGACUGAACCCCGUAGCGUUGCUACAGCAAACUUUGUAACAAAUUUCACCCUCGAUCGUAUUUUGCGAAUGUGUCCCUUGUUUGGGAUAAGUGUGCGAGCUACUAACCACCACUUAGCGUCUUUUUUGUGUGCGUGUGUUGUUCAAGUGGGCUGACGUCAUUGCGCGCUAAGCUAGCCUUGGAGCUGGCACGCGUCUAUUGAGUCAAUAUAUAGCUGGUUUGACGAGUGACGCUCGCCUCUUCAUUCAUGUCUGCACAUACACACACAUGCCAUAGUUUAGUGUUGCAUUCAUAUGUCGUAGGAAUAUGAAUUACUUAUGAAACCAAUUAUUUGGCUUUUUUUCUGCCAUGACUUAAUUCUCAGAGAUUUCUUAUUAGCGGCACUGUCCCUUUGUUGAUAAGUUUGUUUACGCCAGUUAUGUUGGUGCUUUUCCCUUAAAAAUUAGUUUACUAUUAUAAGAUUGAGUUUGUUUUGAAAAAGUUUGAAUUUAAAAUUUUCUGUCAAAAAUUAACACUCUUGGUUUCAGUAUAAGAAUUAUUUUGUCAAAUAUUUGCAUUUUGAAUGUCAAACCAAACCAAAAAAAUGCUCCGAACUAAGUAUUUUUGAUCCGUUUUAUACUUUGUUGCUUUUGUUUGCUAAUGCAUCAGGGAUGAAGAGCCCGCUCCUUUUUUGACCAUCCAGCCAUCUGAUUGGUCGAGCAGUAAGGAUUAUUAUAUGGGUGAUUACUUUCAUACUAAUUAAAGUGUGGCCAUUCAUGGCGAAAAGAUUACUUUUGUAUUUUUCUGUGGUUGUUUUGACUCCACCUUUCCUGUCAUGUCGAGGAAAAUUAAAAUGCCAAUUAUUUUCUAACAUGA